CAUGUUGAAAGCAUUUAUAAUUCAUGAUUGAUCUAUUUUAAUGGUCUUACCUAUAUAUGACAAGGAAAUUACCGGUAUGCAUGUAAAAAUAUAUAUAGAUUACACAAUUGCACUUUCAAUUAUGAUGAAAAUUGGACACCUUCCUUUCUUGAUUGCAUUGAUUAUUGUUAUUAUUAGAUUUUGUUUUAAUCCAAAUGAUCUAUUUUACAGGAACUAAAAGUUUGGAGAAUUUGCUGCCAAUCCUGGGGAACCGUCAGAUGAAAAUUGACAUCCCCAUGCUUUCCACCAACCAGCAAACAUCAUAAUUAGAAGGUUACCAUUCAGUAAUUUUGCACCGAAAAUGCAUGGAUUCUCCUAUUACGGAAUGGUGUGCAGACUUCUACUUGCUGCACUUCAUUUUAAUGAAAAUAGAGGGAGGGACUCUGCUGUCACCAAAGAUGGUACUACACUGAUAAAUAUUGUUUCCCCCAACCACAAGAAAGGAGACUACACUGUCCGUGAAGUGAAGACAGAGCCAACAUACAGUUAUGUUCAUGAGCUGUUACAAAGCACACUGGAAAGGGUGAAAACCACCACCAUGAAGAACUCACAGGACAGCCUUUUGGAUCCCCCUCCUGCAUUUUGCAGUACAUUUUGCCGUCCAUCAAAACAGGAAGCUAUUGCUUCACUACAGUCCCGUUUCUCUUGUGAAUGAAGUCACUCAUCACCAUAGUUGAAGCCAGUCACUAUUUCUCCUGCAGGACAUGGGAAAGUCUGUCUUAUGACAUGCACUGCACAGGCAGGAAGUGGGACUCGAACAUUCCUCCCAAGAAAACCCAAACACCACCGAACAAGCUGUCUGUAUGCAGUGUACCUAUAUCGCCUAGGAAAAUUAGACACUUAUUAUAUAGAUGUACAAAGUUGUACGUUAGACUGAUAGCAUCAGUAUUAGUUUGUUAAAAUUACUAAUUUAGUACAAUAUUUCAUACUAAAGUAGUGUAAUGUUUUACUGCAGUAGAUCAAUGACAUAAUUUUCAUUGGGUGCUACUGGUGGGCUCCAUUGUUUUUCAAGAUAGUUUGGGGUGUCAUGUCUUAUCUUUGGAGUCAACCAACUAAUGAACAUGGCCAAGGAAAUACAAGUGCUAUAUUUUUAUUAAUAUUUGCGAGCAUGAUACAGUUUAUAACAGAUAAUCAUAAAGUGAUAGCUACUUACGCUGGACUUUCUGGUAUGUUGCCAUUGUGGUGUUGUCUAAAUGCAUGGUAUGCUGUCCGUAGCACAAAGACAUUCAGGCAGACUGGAGCAAAUCCAGGAUGUUGUGUGAUGCAUUUCAAAUCUGGGAUUUCGUCUCUGAUGUGUUGAAUCUGCAAUAUUUCAGCACAGCAGAUGCAUUCUGUAGCUGUUGGCAUCUCGUGACAGUUUUCACAUUGGCACCUAUAAAUGAAAUUUAUCUUCAAUAAGUGUCAAAAUAUAUUGUAUAUGAAAAUUGUAAUGUGUAAUGUAUACAGGCCAAUGAGGUUUUGAAUAUUUGUAACUAAAUUGGUGCUUUAUAGUGCAGGUUAACUGCCACAACAAUGGAAACAUAAAUAUGACAACAAAUCGA